AUGUGGAUUGAACUUGCGGUGAUUUUUGCGGCUUUUGGGUUGAGUUCUGCCUCGGCGAAUUGCGCAUGCUCGGGAAACUUCACCGCGUACAAGCCGACGUAUAGUAUCACGGCGGCUGAGGACCCAACGCAGAUACUGACCAAAGACAACAUCAAGCUGUACCGAGGCCUCUUGGCGAACUGGACCAGCACAAAUGGAUACAUCACGAUUUUCCAAGACUAUGGGCAGAAUGCGGGCAAUAGCAAAGUUGACUUCACCUUUGACGCACAUCCGAUGAAGAAUCGC